UUUUGAUAGCUGACAGUUAUAAUAUUCAUACCGAAAUAUAGGAUAGGAUAGGAUCAUGAAAGAUUUUUUUGACGAACACAUAAAUUAUCAAAUUGUUGAAAUUGAUAUACCUUUAUUAUCUGAGCAUAAAUUAUGGAACAAAAACUCUGAAGAUUGGCCUAUAUUAUCUAAACUAGAUUACUAUCAUUAUAAAAAUAAGGAUAAAUGCAAAAAAACAGAAUUAAAAAAUUUUAAAAUAAAGUCAUCACUUUUACAAAACUAUCAUAAUAUAAUUUCAGACUUGCAUUCAAGUCCACAAGAUGAUACAUAUGAAAAUAUAAUUUCUAAGGAUGGAGAAAAAAUUGAGGAUUUAUUAGCAUUUUCAGAGUUUCAACUAGAGCUCUCUUCUCUUAUUUGGAGUUAUAAAGAUGUAUAUUACCCAUUAAGGAAUGUGUCUAAUUGUGAAGAAAUAAGGGAAAUUUAUUGCUUGCAUGCCCUUAAUCAUGCUAUUAAAACUCGUGAUUUGAUAAUUCGCAAUAAUACCAAGCUAGAAAAAACUAACUUUUCUCAAAAUAUUGAAGAAAAAGAUUUUAGAGAUAGAGGUUUUACAAGACCCAAGAUUUUGAUUUUAGUGCCUUUUAAAAAUUCGGCUUUUAGAAUUGUUCACACCAUGAUGACAUUGAUGUCGAGCACAUUUACACAAAAAAGUCUAGUCACAAAUAAGCAUAGAUUUUAUCAAGAAUACAGUGAUUUGGAUCAAAAUGCUGAAAUCAAAUAUCCAUCAAAGGAUAGGAAGGAAUUGUUUAGCGGCAAUGUUGAUGAUUGUUUCAAAUUAGGACUCAGCAUAUCUAAAAAAUGCCUUAAGCUUUAUACCGACUUCUACUCUUCUGACAUUAUCAUAUGUUCGCCCCUGGGUCUUAAGACAUUAGGAUCUAGUGCCAAAAAGAUUGUCACAAAUAAGCAUUUGGAAGAUUUGAAUAAGGGCAUAAUAAAUGAAAAAGAUAUCUAUAAUAAGGAAUUAGCCGAUGAAACGUUAGAUUUUUUGUCUUCCAUCGAAAUCCUGAUCAUGGAACAGACGGACACAUUCAUGAUGCAAAAUUGGAGCCAUGUUUUGUAUUUGGUGAAAAUGAUGAAUAAAAGACCCAUAAAAGCUCAUGACGCUGAUUUUUCCCGCGUACGUGAUUGGUAUCUUAACGGGUUGGCCAAGCAUUACAGGCAAACCAUUAUAUUGAGCCGAGUCAAUUCUCCUCAAAUCAACUCCUUAUUUCAUGCCUAUUGUCAAAAUCAUGAAGGGAAGGUUAUGAUAAUGGAGCCUUGUACUCGCGGGAUUUUAGAUGGGAUUAAAUCAAGCAUUACACAUACAUUUUUAAAGAUCGGACUGAAUGCUCAAAAUGCGUCUUCUUUGGUAGAUGCUCGCUUUACGUUUUUUACGGAAAAAAUUUUAGUCCAGCGAAUUUUGGAAGGCAAUCGACGUUACGCCAGAAGAACCUUAUUGUUUAUUCCUUCGUAUUUUGAUUUCGUGAGAAUCAGAAAUUAUCUUAUUGAAAGGGAGAUUGGUUUCUUUUCAAUUACUGAAUACGACGACGAAAAACACGUGAGAAAAGUUAGAAAAGCUAUAAAAAUCUUUGAAAGCUCUUAUCAGAAUCAGCAAAAUGCCUCAGCGAAUAUAAAAUCAACCCCUUGUCAUGAUAUCUCUGUUACCAUCGAUAAAACUCUGCUCAUUUUAAACACCGAAAGGAGCUAUUUUUUCCGCAAACCUAGAUUUCAAUGCGUUUAUGAAUGCUUAUUUUAUGAACUUCCUACUUACCCUGACUACUAUCUCGAUUUGUAUAAUGAUUGUAUAGUGAGUGGAAAUUCUAACGUUAAUAAAACCCCAUCUUCAUUCGAUAACUCGCACAUAGUUAGUCAAAAUAUCAGGGAUAGUCUUCAAAAAAUGACUGUUUUGUAUGAUUGCAAAUUUGACUGGCUUAAGAUAUCCGCCCUACUCGGAAUAAAUAGAGCCAAGCAUAUGGUGCUUAAUUCAAUGGAUAAUAUAAAACGUAGAAAGCAUGACUCAUUUAAUGGUAAAAUUAAUGAUGUUAGCUUUGAAAACAUUGGGAACGAAAUCGGAGUUGAAUCAAUAGUAUUUAUAACUGGUGCUUAAUUGAUGUGUAGAUUUUUACAGAUAUUAUUAAUUCUAAAAUUGUAUAAGAUUGAUAACUACUGAAGCAACAAAUUGUUAAUCCUGGAAAUUAUAAAUAAAUUUAUAGCCAGAAAGGGUGUUUAGAUCAAUGAUCAACAUAAUAGAUAAUCAGAUCAGGCUAUCACUACACUAUAAAUGCGCCAUACGAAAAUAAGAUUUUAAUAAUAUAUUUAAUACUUUUAAAUCCUUGAUGAAUUAUUUAUAGUGAGUACUGAGAUAUUAUCAAUAACCUUUACCUUGCAUAUUCUUCUGUAAUGCACAGGUUUUAUCAAAAAAAAUAGUCAUCUUUCAUUUUCUUUUAGAAUUUAUAUUCCUAAUACUUUCGAUAACAAUUUUUUAUAUUAUGUAAUAUACUUAGGGAUGGGAAAAAAUAUUUAAAAAACGAAAAAAUAACAAAUAUAGCAUUUAAUUUCUUUUUUUACUCUAUAUUAAAAUGUCACGUUACAAAGUACAACAUUUAUUGCAAGGAGAAAUAUUGGAAUUUAUCAAUGUAAAUUUUGCUCAAAACACUUUUUUUUUUCUCAAGUAGCAGCUGACUAAAGAAUCAUAUAUGUAAGAAUGAUAAAUGCUUUAGCAGAAAAUGAUAUUUUACUUUUAACAUUAUGAGCAUGCAUUUUAUGCCCAAAAUUCAAUGCAACCAAUUUAUAUUUUGAAGAAAGAAGGAAGGACGUCCUUGGAGAAAAAGUAAAAAUAUUAUUUUAUCUCUUUUUAUUUCUCUUUUUCAAUCUACUAUUUAUA